CCGGUGUAUAUAGAAGGGGUUAUCAAUCAUUAUUGUUUUCAUAAAAUAUUUCGCUAAAAGCAAUUCUGGCCUCUAAUCGUAGCGUUAAUUUGUGAAAGAAAUCAUACGUUAAAUCAUGUCUGAGUACAUGGAUAUAGAUGGUAGCCUCUUGGAAGGGGGGGGCCAAAUACUACGAAUAUCAAUUUCUUUAAGUGCUAUACUAGGAAUCCCAGUGAGAAUAUCAAAGAUACGAGCCGGAAGAAGCAAGCCUGGGUUAGCUGCUCAGCAUUGCAAAGGAAUUCAAUUAGUUGCUGAUAUGUGUCAAGCCAAGACGAAAGGAGCAGAAAUUGGAUCAACUGAAGUACAAUUUGCUCCAAAAAAGAUUCGAGGUGGUCAAUACUUUGCUGAUCCUCACACAGCUGGCUCAAUCAGCCUACUCCUCCAAGUAGCACUACCCUGUGCACUGAUGGCCUAUGGCCCCGUCACAUUUGAUUUGCGGGGAGGCACCAAUGCGGACAUGGCACCGCAGAUUGACUACAUGGAUAAAGUCUUCAGGCAUGCCUUGAGGCAGUUUGGUGCAGAUUUUGGCUUGACUAUUCAUAGGAGAGGUUAUUUCCCAAAGGGCGGCGGCCAGGUGACCGUGAAUGUUAAUCCGGUGCGAAGUUUUCGUAGCGUCACGUUGACGGACCCGGGCACCGUGCACAGGAUAACGGGGUCUAGUUUCGUGGCCGGGGUGCUGCCGAUCAGUAUGGCGCACCAAAUGGCGGAAGGCGCGAAGCAAGCGCUACGGUCUGUGGCCGAAACCACCAUCAACUGUUACAAGGAGGACAGUCGGAUUGCCAUCGGCAACUGCAAUGGUAUGCUGUUAACCUGCACCACAUCCACGGGCCACGUGUUGGGAAGUGACGCUCUCGGGAAAAGGGGCUCGGAGCCGCGGCAGGCGGGCGCCGCGGCCGCAGAUGCUCUCAAGAAAGAUAUUGACGCAGGCGCUUGUCUCGACCAACACUGUCAGGACCAAGUGAUUCUGUUCAUGGCGCUGGCGGAGGGUAAGUCGUGUGUGACGGUGGGGGAGGUCACACUACACACCAAGACCGCCAUACACAUCGCCGAGAUGUUAGCUAAGGUGAAGUUCGAAAUACAUCCCAACGGCAGCCAGAACACGAUCGAGUGCACGGGUCUAGGGCUUAUUAACAACAACUUGCCUACGUAAAUAAAUAUUCUAAUAUAAAUUAUUAACCAGUGUGAUUUGAUGUUUACUAAAUCUGAAAUUUUCGACUAUUUAUAUUCAUAAGUAGAUGUUAAUAUAAAACAAAUGGGUUUCGCCCAUAGAAAUAUCGGUUACUGCCAGAUGUAUUUAU